AUGAUGCUUGGGGAUUGCUUCUGCCCGUACUGUGCUUCCAACUACCGCCCACUACAUCAGUAUAGUUUAAAAGCAGCAGCUAGCUUUAUUGACUCAACCAGAGGGGCGAAGCGAAAGCGAGUGUUUCGUCUAGUUCGAAGCAUUCCUGGUGAGCUUGAGAUGUCGAUAUUGGUUGGGCAUUAUAGCGAUCAGAGUGGGGAGAAUAGGCCGAAUAUUAGGUACGCGGAAGGGGACCUUGCUAGUGAAAAGAAGGGCAAGCAAGGGAAGUGCGAGCUAACUAAUGGCAAGGGCCGGAGAUAG